UGUUUGCUUAACGUAUGUGGUCCACAGUCCAACAUAGUAGGUGAUGGUGAUGCACCUCAGUGGUGGCUGGAGAAAUUAGGAAGGAAGGAAGGAGAAGAUAGAAGAGUGUUGAAUAUUUCAUAGCUCACAAACUUUAACGUACAUGCAUCUCAGAAGAUGGCAAACACUUUUCAUCGUCUCCCAGCUGCGUCUUCCCGGGAGGAAGGGAGACAACUGAGACGGGUCCGUGUCUAUGACUGCCGCUCCAAAGACAGAGAGGCUAUCUGGACCGAGCUGGAAACGAGCGGUUUGGACUUUAAUGGAUUUCUUCAAGCUCUGCACAAUAAGUUUUCAAUCCUCUCCCAUGAGGUCUUUGUGUUGGCCACAACGGACAGAACAGUCUUGGAUUUUGACAGAUUUGAGGAGCUUCAGGAUGGCACUACCCUGUACUUGCUGCAAUCUGAGGACCAAGUUCUGCCAGUGGCCACGGAGGAGCACAUCAUGUUUAUGCCUCAUUAUGAUACUUUGAUCCGGAGUGGCAUGUAUGAGUACUACGCAAGUGAGGGCCAUAAUUCACUACCCUACACACUUGCUGAGCUGAUUGACAACGCUCUGUCGGCCACGGCUAAAAACAAAGGAAUUAGGAUAAUAGAGUUACGGAUGCUCUUUGAUGAAAGCCUUGGUAAACCUGCAGUGAUUGUCUUAGAUAAUGGAUGUGGGAUGACCUCUAAGCAGCUCAAUAACUGGGCAGUGUACAGACUCUCUAAAUUUACCAGGGAAAACAACAAUUUUGCAAGUAAGGAAGAGGGCUAUGUUCGUCCUGACCCUGUCCCUCGUAGUCUCAACAGUGAUAUAUCCUACUUUGGAGUUGGAGGAAAACAGGCUAUUUUCUACAUUGGAGACUCAACCAGGAUGAUCAGCAAACCAGUAGGCUCCCCGGAUGUUCAUGAGCUGGUUCUGUCGCAAGAGGACUUUGAGAGAAAGGAGAGGAACAAAGAAGAUAUUUACAGUGGGAUCAUCAAAAACAGGAAGCCCUGUGACUCUUCUCAUGUGACUAACGAUGAUGAGCGCUUCCUCCAUACCUUAAUUGAAGAGGAAUAUGGGAAGGAAAGCUUCACAGCCGUGGUCAUUACGGGAAUCAAGCCUGCGCACAUCGCCUUUUUGAAAGAUGAUUUCGAAGUGUGGACCAGGGAGCUAGCUCACAUCUAUCACUAUUACAUCCAUGGAGUCAAUGGAAAUGACAUAAGGCACACCUCUGCAAACUCAGACCAUCUCUCUAAAAUUGACAUUCAGGUCACCUUGCGGGAGAAGUCUCCCAAAUGUCCCAGCAUGGUGAAUCUCAGGGAAAUUGAUGAUGACAUGCAGACCCUCUACAUAAAUGCUGCUGAAGACACGUUUGAGUUUAAGGCAACCACCAGACCAGACAAUGGCACAGUAGAGGGAAUCAUUCGGUAUCAUCCCUUCCUUUAUGACAAGGAGACCUUCCCUGAAGACCCACAUGUUGCAAAAGCACAUUGUGAUGAUGACGAUGACGAUUAUGAAUCUGGAGUCCAACAUCAGGCAAAAAGAAAGAGGCCGAUCUUUGAGUGUUUCUGGAACGGACGUCUCAUACCUUACACCAAAGUGUCUGAGUUUGAUUGGUGUGCCUGGCCCCUCAAAGCAGCAAAGGUGCAGGUGCCUGAAGAGUGUUACAGUCGGUUUUCAGGGGUGCUGUUUACUGACGACAGAUUCCAGGUCAGCACGAACAAGCUCACCUUCAUGGACCUGGAGCUGAAAGUGAAGAACAAGGAGACUAUCUAUACACGCGUUGUUAAUGGACAGGAAAAAAGAAGUGACAUUCAGAGGGACUUCACACAGUGGCUAAAAAACUGUCAUGAGAAGUUGGACAAGCAAGUGAAGUUCCUGGGCUUCAAGGGGAUCAUAACACGAACAGAUGUGUCCACGAAGAAAAUGCAGCAUCCCUGGGCGACGUUCUCCUCCAUUGAAAGGGACGGCAAAAAAUUCAAAAGUGGCCAACUUGUGAAGUCUCAGAAAACAAAUCCCAUUCUGUAUGGUACCUUGGACAGGUUUUUGCUCUAUGGAGAUUAUGACAAAGAUGUCUUUGCCACAGGAGGAGAGGUUGAAGUGCAUCUGGAACCCAAAGAACUGUAUGACACAAAAAAGAUCAUACCCAUUUCCAAGAUCGACCAGACUGCCGCUGAUGAAGCCAUCAAGCGACACAUUGAAAGUGAGCGUGCCAGGUUUCCACAUACGCUAAAAGUCGAGUGGCCAGAUGGUAACCCCUGGCCAGUGAACGCUGUUCGUCCAGCUGGGACUCCGUUAGGGGCACUCAAAGUCGAAAUUCUGAACAUGAAAGGAGAGUCAAUGUCCAGGAUGCCGACAGUGACCCAGGGGACAGUGGUAAAGCUGAGUGUUAAGCUCAGAGUUGUGAAGCAUGGUAGAGAUGGUGCUGUCGUCAUGUUUGUUGCCCAGCAUUCACCAAAGUGGGGUUUCUGGUUCAGAAAAAUUGACGGUCUGUCCACUCCAGGGAAGUAUACUCUGUUUCUGGACACCAUUAUAAACGAAAGUAGUGCCACCCACUUUGGAGGCAGAGCCCUUCCAAGCUACAAACUGGACUUCACCAUCAAAGAGGGCAGUGCCGAGAGUUUCGUUAUGGACACAGUGAGCUCCACUCUUCGUGUAGGGGUGCCAUUCGACAUUCCUCUGCAGCUAAAAGAUCGUUACGGCAACCCCACAAUGCCUCUGCCCGACCUCCAGCCUGUACUCAAAUGCAGUGACCUGCAUCUGAGUUAUGAGGCAGUGAGCACGAGUGGGACCAAGUUCAUCAUCAAAGGUGUCAAAGCAAGAGGAAAAGUCCUAAAUUACCAACAAUCCAAGACAUAUGAUCUGAAAGUGACCUUUCCUGGCCUGAAAAAAGACACACACAGUGUCAAGAUCAGUCUUCUCCCUGGUAAUCCACAUUCCCUCCAUGUGAAGACAGAAGACAACCCAGUCAUUGUCGAGAACGGAAACCCUGUCACGUUUAAUGUUGAAAUUCAUGAUGAGGCUGGAAACAUCACUGCUCACCCCAAACAGAUUGUUCGCUGCCAGGUUCAGGGGCUUCCACCAGUAACGGCUGACUGCAGCAACACAGGAGCAGGGCAGCUUGUGACAAAGCCCAUAAACGUGAAAAUAAUCGUGGGAGAACCACAAAAGCUCAAAGUUCAAUUUGGGAUGCCUUAUCAGAAGAACAUAGCAUUGGUUGAGAGGGAGCUGCAGGUGAUGCCCAGCACAAGAGUCUCCACGAUAGAGAUCUACAGUGGAGAUGAUGACAAUCUGGUGCUGAAGAACAAUGAAAAGAUAGAAUGGUUGGCUGGAGGCUCAUUGCAGAACCUGUUCUAUAAGCUGUAUGAUGAGGCUGGCAGAGAGGUACCUCUCACUGCUGAAAUUGCCUCUAUGAUCAAGGUCAACUGGAAAGCAGAUGUUGAUCUGGAAGCGUUGGUGCAGGGUAAGCUGCCUGAUGUACUGGUGCCCAUGCAGGUGGAGGAACAACACUUCUACCAGGUGGCCUACCAAGACCAGAGUGUGUCUGUCUCCUUUACCGUAAUACCUCGUCCAGAUGAACCAGCACGGCUGAAAGCAUCUCUGCACCAAGGCACAGUUCAGCUGGGUAAAACCCUAUCGAGAGGCAUCAACUUGGAGCUUGUGGACCGGUAUGGCAAUGCAACCAAGAUGCUAACACCCACCUGUGUGAACCACAUGACUGUGAAAGCUGAGGAUCUGGACAAAUCAGCUGUUGCCUUUAUAUGGCAGGAAAGCAGUAGCUCUGUUGAGGUGACAGGAAUACGUUUCCAGUGUGGGACUCCUGGCAUCAGAGAGAUUUGCUUCACUUACCUGGACUAUACGGAGUCUGUCAUAAUUAAAGUGGCUCCUGGAGACCCUGCACAGCUUAAACUGCUCAGUGGACCUAAGCAGCCUUUACAGGUGUUAAAUGACCACAACAUCCCCACACCAUUCGUCGUCCAAAUCUUUGAUGAGUGGGGAAACCCCUCUCCAGACCAGAGGGUUGUGGUGGUAUUGGCGUCACCACCAUUGCUGAAGCUGACGACAGCUGUUACUUCACAACCAGUGAACGCAGAAGGAAAAGCCUCUUUCAUGGUUAGCUGUGUGAGCGGACCAAAGGGAAACUAUCAGCUGGAUUUUCAGGCUUCCUUAAACAGCAAACCCAUCCCUGGUCCAUCAGUGAAUCUCACCGUUUUACCUGACCCCAACAAACCCGUCAGCCUGUCAGUGAAGUAUGACACCGCUGCCAAGUUUCCUGCUGGAGGCACAUUCCCAGUGUUCUCAGUGACCGUGGUGGCUGAUGAUGGUAGCCCGAUGACAACUUUUAAUCCAGCUGAUGUAUCCAUGUUUCUGUGGGAUGGAGUGCCAUCAGAAAAUAAACCUCCACUAACAGCCUCUGAGCUGAGGUGUAGUAAGCCCAUUGGGAAUGAAAGGAAAGACUGUUUCCACUUUAGGGAUAAAGAAAUCCCAAGACAUGCUGGAGAGCACACCAUCCAGUUUUCUCUGCGCAACGGAGUCCUGUUCAGUAGUCAGAUUACUAUAAAUGUGGUGGCCAAUCAGCCUGCUCAGCUGAGACCCGACGUCCAGCCACAAGCCCCAGUCGUUUCCUGCUCCAAGGACAUUGCUUACCGAACCUUGGUGAAGAAUAUGACACUGAGGAUUAUGGACUCAUAUGGAAACCCAGCAGGGAAGGACCUGAACGGGAAGGUGGUCGUAUCUAUAACUAGUUCUAGUGGUGAUGGCAAAAAAAACCUCCCUCUGUUUGAAGGCAAUAUCAACAGACCCUCUAUUAACCUGAUAGAGGGAAAGGUCCACAUCACUCAUUUGGCUAUCAUGGAGAAGAGCCCUGGUGAGGAUGGCAGCACAUACACCCUCCUCUUCACACCUGAGGUGCCAAAGGUUCCCACUCCUCUGGUUCCUUUUGAGCUCACCUUUCAUUUUUACAAUGAUGCUGAGAACCAACAGAAAAUGUGUAUGCUGUUUAAGAAGAAAACUGAGCUCACUGCAGAUCUUGCUAAACGUAAAAGCCUCAUGAGUGAUUACACUGAAUACCUCAGUAUGCUGACAGAGCAAUGCCUGACUACAAGAGGCAAAGAGGCUGAGCUCAGAAAUGUGCUGAUCAAAAAGAAUGUGCAAAUAGCACAACAUGAAUCUAGCCCAGAGGUUGACAGACUCCUAAAAGAGAAGAUGAAGAAAGCUGAGACAAUUCUGAAAAUGCCCAGAAGAGUCUGCUCAAUCCGUGACAACUUCAAGGGGCAGCAGGAUGUUUUGGGAAUGGUUGGUCACUUGGCCUACGUGGAGGACGACGCUGCUGCGAGAGUUAUCUCCUGGCACAUCGGGGGUGACAUGGACUGUGUCAUCACCAAAACAACAGCAGCAGCUCGGAGGAUCUAUGACGACACCCAGGGCAAGCAGCAGGUCAUGGCCCUCGACAGCGUGUAUGUGACACCGCUUAACAGACCACUGCCACACAUAAGAAAUGGCCACAUGCUCUUUAAUCCCCAUGGGAAUCCGGUCUACGCCAGAGAUCUCUUGAUUUACCCCCAAGACAGUGAGAGCUGUGACAUGGCGUUUAAAAAUAUCCUCGGAGAUGCUAUUCUGAUUGAUGACCUGGACUCUGCAAACCACUACAGACGGGCAGUGGUGCAGAACAAGACACAUUGCCCCACCAUACUGACCAGGGACGGGGACAGGAUCAGUGCCAAGGGCAAAUUUGGAGGUGCACAGAACAAAGCUCCACCAAUCAACGCAUUAAAAGUGUUUGGAGCCCCCCUCCCACAGGAUUACAACACUCUUAUGGAACAAAUAGAACUACUCCGUCGGUACCAAACAGCUCUGCAAAAGAGAGAGAAAGCAGAAGAGGAGCGUGAGGAACAUUUAAAAUUCAUGGGGUCUCCUGAGAUGCUGAAAAAGGAACAAGAUAUAGAGGAGAUAAAGAAGCAGCUGGAUGAGAUUGAAAGACAACUUGUGUCUAGCCCCGUCAGACCAGUGAAGCGGGGUGCUGGACAGCCUUCUGGCAUCAUUGCAAAAAGAGCAAAAUAGAAAUCUACCUCAGAGGAGGACCUGAGCCAAUCACUUAUCCUUUAUUGGAAUUUUCUUUUCUUUUUUUUUAUUUCUGGGUUGAUUAUGCUCUUGUCAUUUUUAAAAAAUGUUUUAUUAGAAAUUUUUCUUUAUAUUUCAACAUUUGUGUAAUGCUCAAGACAAAAUUAUGUGUAAAAAUGUCCUAUAAAAAUAUAUAUUUACU